CAUGCUUUAAACCUAGAAGAAAGAGUAUUCUCAUACAAAAAAAGACACGCACACAAACAAACCACUUUCUUCUUGUUCUUUAUUUCUCAUGAUAAAAGAUUAUAAACUAAUUGCUGAUUUGAUGUUGCCAGAAAUUGAACGUCAACUGGUAGAAGAUGAUUCUCUUUGGCCCAAUGUGAAGGGUCUUUUUGUCAUUACAGUUACAAAGAAAAAGAAACAUGCUGCUACAUGGUAUCUAUUAUUACAAGGAAAUGAAAUUCAGCCUGUUAUCACGCAAGAUAAACAGACUGUCCGUUCUUCUCUCAAAGGAAAAAAAAUCAAAAUGGUCGAGAUUCAAGUGGAAGAUCAUGAUCUUUUGAAUUUCAUCACGGGAGGUCUUACUGGUGUAAAAGCAUAUAUGGUUGGACGAAUCAAGGUUCAAGGUGAUCUUGUCUUGGCACAGAAAUUAGAAGAAGUUUUUGAAAAAGCAGGUGGCAGAGAUCGUGCUUUGGAAUUUAUGAAGAACAAUGAGCACUUGGUCAAUGUUUCAAACAAAAAACCCAGUAAAUUGUGAAUAAACACAUAGCCUUUAAAUAGGUUUUUUAUGAUGUCAAUAACAAAAAAAAAAGAGAAACAGUUCUUUUUUAAAAGUCAGUAUUACAAUAAGAACUUCUUUUUCUUUUUCUUUUUCUUAGUUUAUUUUUUAUUAUCAUACGAUGGGUAUCACUAUCAAUUCAC